AUGUCUCAGUUUUGUGGAUAUACGUUGGAGCUUGUUCUUAAUGAUCCUGCACAUACAACAAUUACAGGAAUUAUCAAGAAGAUUGUGGAUAAGGAACUGAUCGUUUCUAAUCCAGGCUAUCUUGACGGAAGCAAAUUUAAGGACAAGGAAGUGAGCAUCAAGGGUUCAGAGAUUAGAGACCUAAAGGUGGUAGAGUUACCUGCCAAAAAGGGCAAAAAGAAGAGUAAGAAGAAAGCGAAAGAGAUGGAGCCACCUGAGAAGCAUCAGGAGGAGAAAAGACAGCAAAGUUCAGGAUCUCGUAAUCAUAACGAUAUUGAUUGGAAUACAGAGAAUCCAACGGACGUCAAGAAGAUGGAGGAUUUUGACUUUGCAUCAAAUUUACAGAAAUUCGACAAGGCGUCUGUGUUUAAAGAGAUAUCAGAGCAGGACGAUAUGGAUCCAACACGGAGAUUGGUCAGUAUGAAUAAAGUAGAUCCGGAACAGCGGAAAUAUGGCAACGAUGAGAUGGUGAUCAAGAAACAUAUGGAUGAAUGGGACAACAUAAAUGGAGGGAACCUUAAAAACGGCAAGCACAAUGAUGAUUCUACGGACACAGAUCAAUUUGUUGACGCUGAAGAAAGCAAAGAGUCUUCUAGAGAAGCAUCGACUCUUGCCCAGAGGCAUACUUCGAUGCCCAGUAGAAGUAUUACACCUAUUGUGGAUACCCAGGUGAGACUCGUGUAUUCUGGAACCAAGGAAACAGCCAAAACCUGCUCACCACUUCAACUCUCAGAGAUUGAGUGUUUGGCUCACAGUAAAUUCCACUAUGGAAAGAUGCUUUUAGCGGAAAAUUCUGCCCGAGGAAUUGCUGAAUUGAUCAUUUCUAAGGUUCUUGGAAGCUUUCGAGUGGGCUCUGCCAAUCACAACACUCCUCCACUGAUAUUAACGUUGGCCGGUAAUAAUAGAGCCGGAUGUAUUGCAUUGGCAACGGGCAGACAGUUACUCAAUCAUGGCGUUAGAGUGGUGACAUAUCUAUUACACGACUUUGAAAGGUCAGAGGAGGAGUUGACGAGUGAAGUUAAGGAGAGCUCAGACAUGUUUGAAAGUUGUGGAGGUAAAAUUGUCACUUCGGUGGCUCAGUUAAAGAAAAUAUUGUCGAAAUUGGACUCUCCAUUGGAGUUUAUACUCGAUGGCUUACAAGGUUACGAUAUGGAUCUCAAUGAUUUCAUAGAGCCGGAAGUUUCCGAUUCCGAACUAAUAGUCAAUUGGUGUAACGAGCAGGAUCUUCCAGUGAUGUCUAUAGACAUACCUUCGGGAUUAAAUGCUUCAUCUGGAACAUCUGACUUCAGUACCUUUCUGGCCUGCAAGUAUCUUGUGUCUAUUGGUUUACCAUUGAACUCUAUACUAAAUCUUUACAAGUUCGGUUACUUUAAGGAGACUGAGUUGGCUCAUUUCGUGGUUGACAGCGGUAUUCCGAAGAAGGUUUUCAGCAGCAAAUCGAGCUUUAGAAAGUUUGAGAAAAGCUGGUUCUCUGAUUCUUGGAGCAAAAAGUUAAGUAUACUGUAA